GGUUGCUGUCACGUCGGAACUCACACGUUGCUGCAGGUCCUGCCGUCCGCCGUUAGUUUGGAUUUAGUGUAUUUAAGUAGUUGUUGUUGAAAACUUCUAAUCAGCCAAAAUGUGUGAUGAAGAAGCAUCUGCUCUGGUCGUGGACAAUGGCUCCGGUAUGUGUAAGGCUGGCUUCGCCGGUGACGAUGCUCCGCGUGCAGUAUUUCCCUCGAUAGUGGGCCGCCCACGUCAUCAGGGUGUGAUGGUCGGUAUGGGUCAAAAGGAUGCCUAUGUCGGUGAUGAGGCUCAAAGCAAACGUGGUAUCCUCACCCUGAAGUAUCCCAUCGAGCACGGCAUCAUCACCAAUUGGGAUGAUAUGGAGAAAGUGUGGCAUCAUACAUUUUACAACGAACUGCGUGUGGCGCCUGAGGAGCACCCAGUUUUGCUGACUGAAGCACCACUGAAUCCCAAAGCCAAUCGCGAGAAGAUGACCCAAAUCAUGUUUGAGACCUUCAACUCCCCCGCCAUGUACGUCGCCAUUCAGGCUGUGCUGUCACUAUACGCCUCCGGCCGUACUACUGGUAUUGUGCUGGACUCAGGCGACGGUGUAUCGCACACUGUGCCCAUCUAUGAAGGUUAUGCUUUGCCACAUGCCAUACUGCGUCUGGAUUUAGCUGGUCGCGACUUGACUGACUACCUCAUGAAGAUUUUGACCGAACGUGGCUACUCUUUCACCACCACGGCUGAGCGCGAAAUUGUGCGUGACAUUAAGGAGAAACUGUGCUAUGUCGCCCUGGACUUUGAGCAGGAAAUGGCCACUGCCGCUGCCUCUUCAUCUCUGGAGAAAUCGUAUGAGUUGCCUGAUGGUCAGGUGAUCACCAUUGGCAACGAACGUUUCCGCACACCCGAAGCGCUCUUCCAACCCUCAUUCUUGGGCAUGGAAUCGUGCGGUAUCCACGAGACCGUCUACCAGUCAAUCAUGAAGUGCGAUGUGGAUAUCAGAAAGGACUUGUACGCUAACAACGUACUGUCUGGUGGCACCACCAUGUACCCAGGUAUUGCCGAUCGUAUGCAAAAGGAAAUCACUGCCUUGGCUCCAUCCACCAUCAAAAUUAAGAUCAUUGCCCCACCAGAGCGUAAAUACUCCGUCUGGAUUGGUGGCUCUAUUCUAGCCUCUCUGUCCACCUUCCAGCAGAUGUGGAUCUCUAAACAGGAAUAUGAUGAGUCCGGUCCCGGCAUUGUGCACCGCAAGUGCUUCUAAGCAGUCGAUGCAGUCAACCAACCUAUGCCAGACACCAGCGCAAGUGAAGCGGCCCAAACGCUGGACUGGCCAACGUUGAGCUACAGUUCGCCAAGCCUCAACAGCUAGCAGCACUCAUACAUAUAUACACAUACUUGAGAAUGAAUAGAAAAUAUAAAAAGGAACAUUAAACUCAAACCCACUCAAAGUCAAUCCCUCGGUAUUUCUCUGCCUUUUUCUCGCGAUUCAAUUUUCUUUGAAUUUAUUUUCUAGAUUAAUGCAGUAUUCGUUUGUAUGAACAGAAAUAAAUUUUAUUUGCUCGCCAGAAAACAACAGCGAAGUCUCUUUA